UCGUUGAUGCCUCUAAUGACCCAUGGAGUAAGCAAAAAGAAUAGAUAACGUGCCGUGGCAAAAGCAUAGAUAUAAUGCCUGAGAAAGUGCUCUGGGCAUCACAAAAGCUCCUCUCCAGCCCCCUCCUUCAUGUCUAAGACAGAAAAAUGGGCCCAUGGAUCCGGUCUGCCCUCCUUGCAUGCCAACAUGGUUCCAACAUAUCGAGAGCAUGAACGGAGACUUCAUCCCAGUCCACCCCCUACGGACGACACCCAUACCCAGGUCGAUCGGUGCUACAGUCCUAAAUCCAUAGAGGCGCAAGGCAGUAAUGACAUGGACUUGAGCUACCAGGUACCUCCCUUAGUACAUUCGCUGCAGAAGGCAUGGCAAUCCACAGCGCAGAGCUCCUUGUUUUUGUGUGCAGCAUUGGCUUUAUGCUCCGUCCAUAUCAUGUCGUAUUCACAGACCAUCCUACCUCAGCCUGAUGCGUUCUCGACUUUAAUGGCCUUUUCAUAUGGCGGAAUCAUUUUCAACUGUACAGCCGCUGUGGCUUCGCUUGUCCUCGUCGAUAAAAUUGGGUGUGUACCCAUCUGGGCCGCAAGGAGGAGUCUUGAUCCGCCGAAUGCUGGCUGGAUGUCUGCUAAUAUUGACAUCCUUGAUCGUUUCGGUAUUGGAUCAUCCUGGCGGUGGAUUGUUUGGUAUUGGAUUGUCAACCUCUGCGCCGGGUUUGUCUGUGUAGUUGUGCAAGUUUUCAUGCUUGUAUGGUUACAAGAGGGUCUCACGUCUCUCAAAGUCGUGUCUUCGGUGUUACUGGCUACCUCUUCCAUUCCUUUGGUAAUGUUCGCUUUUUCUUCCUUGGUAUUUGCUUUCCGUUAGAUACACAGAUCCUCGAUUAAGUUAUGAACGCCUGUUAGAGUAGGUGUAGUGCAACUGCUGGAGUAGAGUAAUUUAUACCUUGCUAAAUAGCGCUUUAAUAUUUGCUACUAGUUCUUUUAAAAUAUAUAAUUACAUACGGUACGUACCUCCAACUUGACGGAAAUCUGGAUGGAUAAAUUAGGUACUCCUUGGCACGGA